GAAGAUAAACAGGGGAUGAGUUAAAUGUUGUUCAGACAUCUAGUGGCUAAAAAAGAAACAAGAUAGACAAACCACGGAAUAACUCUGGGGAAAUCACGCAGAAAGAGAAAUGCCUUGUUGUUUUGUAGAGGGAGCUCAUGAUGGGACUUUGUGGACAACACAAACAGGGGUCUGUCUACAAUAAUUUGUCCCUCCUACCUCAUUCCCUCGUCCUGUUUACCUGCUUGAAGGCUUUCAAAGGAGCUCUGUGUCCAUUUAUGAGGAGGGGGUGAGGGGAGUACACAAGGGGGCUGCAGUUAUUGCACCUCCUCCCCAGAUUCAGCAAACAGACAAAAGGGAUACAAAGGCAAGCAGGACCUUCUACAAGCAGAAAACACUUUUGUGGGUGUAUUUGUGCAUUUUACAUUCCGACAUGGCUCACAAAUUCUUGCCUGCUCUAUCAGUGUGGCUUUUGCUGGUAACCUGUGAAGCUGGGAGGCAGAUGCCAAAACUCUCCGACAAGAAACUCUGCGCUGAUUCUGAUUGCAGCCAUCCUAUUUUAAUAGCCCGUGCACUGCAGGACUACUACCCAGGAGACUGCAGGUUCAUCCCCAUUCGACAGGGACAGCUUGUCUAUGUUUACUCAAUGCUAAAAGACAGAGGGAACCUCUUCUGGGCUGGCAGUGUACAAGAUUCUUACUAUGGAGAACAAGAGGCUCGCAUUGGCCACUUCCCCAGCAGUGUGGUGGAGGAGACACAAGUGCUGAUGCCCGCGACCACUGAAGUUAAGACUACUAAAUGGGACUUCUACUGUAACUGACCACGUCUUCAUUUAAAUGACAGGAAUGUUUUUUCUCAACCUUUACCCAGCACCUCAGUUUUAUGGAAUUUAUUGUACUGCGGUAGAAUGGACAUGAUAUGACAUUAACAUUUAGGCAAUAGGCAGAUGCUUAUUUAAGUAACUUGCAAGGAAGAUAAGGAGAGUCAGCUUGUUUUUUCUAAAAUAAUAAUCUACCAUAAACAGAGAGACAAAAGCCAGUGUGUGACAAGUGUUACUAACACCUACCCAUUGGUUGUCAUUGUUCUGUUUUGCAAGUAUUAAAGUAGUGCAAUAA